AUGCGUGUUGAGGACGAUCGGGAUAGGGAGAACGAUUGGGAUUGGGAGCAGCGAGGGGAUGGUGACAUCUUUGUCGAAGAUGACGAAGACGCCAUCGACAACGGUGAUGAAGACAGAGGCCUCGAUUCCGACGAGCUGUGGUCUGCCAGUGCCUUUGAGGCCCUUUCGGACGCCACUUCCCUGGCUCUGUUGACGGUGACAAUGAGGAUGGACAGCAUCCUGCGCCAGUUCAAGAUCCUCAAUGCGGAGGAACAGAGAAAUGCCCACAAGCAGAAACAACGGGAAGAACGGGAAGCUCAAAAAGAGGUAUUCUGCUCGCAAGAAGAUGGAGCGGGAGAUCGCACGGGAGCGCGAGAAGGAGGAAGGGAGAGGAGCCGGCACACCACGUGCAGAUGUCGAGGAGGCGAAUUAGCAGAGGGAGUAUCGGGCGACGAAGAGGAGGAGGAUCGCAGAGGCGCAGCAAGUCGAAUCGUCCAGCAGCCGUCGGGAUCAGAACAAGUCGACCCGCAAAAGCCAUGGAGCAAAUCGCAACGCAGCAAAUCGUCAGACUCAGCACGCAGUCGUUCUCGCAAUGAAAUGCAGUCGCAGUCACAACAAAACGCAAGCGCGAAUGAUGGAAUGUCUUGGGACAAAUCUGAUUCGCCAAAAGGCAGUGUGAUGUUGGAUGGAUGGACGGUGUGCUUUGAACCCUCGCCGGGAUCUUGUUCCGCUUCGACGCACUUUGGCAGAGCAGAGAUUCGAUCCGCACUGCAUCGAUACGCACUGCUACUUCCAUCGCAACAACCACCACCACACGCUCACCACCUCGACGGCCUAUUCUACGCUCUCAACAUAUCCCUGACCUCCUUGAACCCUCUGCCUGGCAGCGCAAUGAACGACGACGACGACGACUUUUCGGAUGGCCAGGGAAUCGCACCAGGGCCCGAUGGCCUCCUGCGCCCUGUUCAGAGCGCAACUCGACGCCAUGUCGUUUCACGCGCAACUUUUGUCCCCGGCGUUCAGAGCGCGACUCCACGACCCGCGCAACGGGUGCAAGCGCGCCAGCGAGACGAAAGUGAAGGACCUUCGCGACAGUCCUUGGGUCGACGAAGCCGCGACGACGACGACGACUCUGUCGAAGGCGAUGAACGCGGUCGUCCGCACCCUCGGUUCACGUCGCCGCGCAAGGGCACCAUCUCUGCAGCUGUGAUACAGAUGCGGCAGUGGCUGACCGAGGAGCACUUUCCGGAUCUCCCCUGCCCCGACUGCAGCACGUAUCACCGCCCCUGUGUUCCACCCGACGCCGACUCGCAGGUCGAGAAGUGCAAGGGCUGCUCUGACAAGAGCAGGGCCAAACGAUGCCCGAAGAAGUGGAUUUUGGACAGGACCAGCGUUGCGGAGAUGGUCAGACUGACCCAGGAAUGCGGUUUGACGAGGGAGGAAGCCCGCCUUCAGGUCUACGGCCCAUCGGGACAGCUUGGUGGCCCAUGGGAUCGAAAGAAGGACUACCCUGCGAGGCCCACCGCUGAACGAGGCCCGUUCCUGCCCAACAACACUUUCGCGCCGUCGCACACCCUUUUUAGCAGCCCUCCGACGGCUGGAACCUCGACGCGAAGCACUCCCGACCUGCUCAACCUCCCCGACCAUCGCACCAUGGAUACGCGACGUGUGCAGGAUGCCUUCCGCAGGACUGUUGAAGACUACAAUACCCAGCACCCGACCACCCCUACUCAGAUCAAUGAGUUGCUCGUGAGCCUACUGCAGGCACUCUGGGAAGCGAUGGCACAACAAGGAAGCUACGACGGCAGCACACUCCACUCAACCCGACCUGCCGGGGCAGGGUCGGAUGCCCUAAGGGCGCUGGCGCAGUCGAUGGUACCGACUUCGGCUCCAAGCUCGUCGCAUCUGGCAGUCGAAGAGAUCAAGAGGAGGACGCGGGUGCAGUUUGAACGAGGCUACUAG